GAAGCAGCGGAAUAACUUGUGUGGAGUUAGCAGAAUCAAGCCAUGGCUGGAAAAUAGUCUCUCCGUCUCCGCGGGAAAAUGUCGUUACUUCCUGUGCAAAUGUCUGUUGGCGCGACAUUCUGCCUGAGCUGGAAGCUGUAGAGCAUUACCCAAACAAGUAUAAAGGGGACAGAGGCAAGCUGAAGAAUGGAAUGCUCCAGCAAUGAAAUGGCACAUAGUGGUGCUCUACAUGUCAAUGAAGAUUCUGUGGACAUUUACGAUGAUUUGGAUCUCAAGGCUGUCAGCAGUUCAGAUAAGACCCCUCCAAGUCCUUCUCGGCUUAAAGAAUCAAUGGAUCUUUACGAAGAAAUUGUAACAGAAGAACAACAGGGCAGAGAAUCAUCUUUCACUGACUUGAAGUCACGAUUCCAAGCAGCCCAAAACCAAAUUAAAGAGUUACGCAGGAGACUUGACCAGAUGGAGAUACAGAACACAGGGCUGAAUACUGAGAACCACCGUCUCAAAAAAAACAUCUCAGCACUUUUACGGACAGCGAGACAAGAGGUUAUGCGAAAGGACACUGAGAUUCAAAGGCUAAACCAAUUGUCAGGCAAAGGUCACUCUUUUCAUCAUUCUAAAAUGUACACUCAAAACGCUUCCUGCCAGACUGACAGUUCAAUGGAUAAGCCACCAAUAUCCAGUCUGCCAACACCAAGUUCCGUCUUGUGCUCCCUUCCUCAAACAUCAUCUUCACGGGAUGAUCGUCCUCCAAAGGUUCACCUUGAACCACCCAGGAAAGAAAAUGACAGCUCCAACAAAACCAGUGGCUCUUGCACUGAGACAAGAGUUUCUUCUCACAGUCACUCCAAAGGUUCUUCAGGCAGACAUGACGAUCAGAGUGACCUUUCUAUCAACAAUUCUGUCAGUUCAUCGAGCCGGCGUCAUGGGUCAGAUAAGUACAAAUCAGUGCACAGAGAAGAAAAAUGUCAGAAGUUGUUGAACUCUACAGACAAAAACCAUUAUAGAACUGGUUUGGAUUCCAACACAAACAAUUAUACCCUUGAGAAAGUCAGGUCUCAUAAAUUAGACAGAGAAAGAAGACAUGACUCCAGGACAUGUAAAAGCGGGGACCACCAUGGGCAUCGGAGAUCAGAGAGUGCUAAGGCUUUAAAUGUUCUCGGUUCUUCAGUCGACUCAAAAGGGAGAACUCGAGAAAAGAAACAUAGGACUUCUCAUAGCUAUACAGAGGACCACAGUCGACACGGCAGAAAAAACAAGAUUAGUGAUGAAAUCAGUAGUUUAGAGAUGGAACUUCAAAAUUCAGAAUCAAAAGACCAGAAGAGAUCUUCUAUAAAUCAACAUAUUGAAUGCUGCAGUGAUUCUUCCAAAGAGAAGCAAAGAAAUAGGCAUUCAAGUGAUUACCAGGGGAGAGAAGGCAAGCAACGUGAAGAAGAAAAAGACAAAAGUCAUAAAAGGAACACUGCAUCUGCGACAAGAAGAGAAGGUGAAAAACAGCCAUCAGGAGAAUCUUGCAGUAAUAAACAUGAUGUCUAUAACAAAGAAAAACAGGGAAAGAAGCAUUUGCCAACAUCAACCAAGGAACCAACAGAAGACAAAAGUGAAAACAAGAAAUUGUGCUUUAUGGAAACACUACAUUUAACCCUUUCACCAAAUAAAAAGCUGGUACGCAACAGCAAUGGUGGACACGCUGCACUACAUCUUAUACUUGAAAAGGGUCCAGAUGGUGGUUUGCAACCGGAUAUGUAUGUCGUUGAUGAAAUCAACUGCAGUGAAUUAGAAGCUUCUCUGGAAGAGCCGCCGACAGAUUCGUUCAAAGCCCCAAUUUCAAAGAUGCAUAUGAAGAGAGAUGUUCAGAAAGAUGUCCAAGAAAAAGACACAAGGAUAGGUGUUCAGCAGCCAGAAGAUACUAUUUCCUGUAUGUUAUCCCAGGAUUCAGCAGGUGAUCAUGUGGCUUUGUGUGUGACACCAAAAGCACAAGAGAAUAUUUUCCUGGUAAAAGAAGAUGGCGCUAAAAGUAAGUUUAGCCCAGACUGCCAGUUAGAUAUAUCUAAACAAAGGACUGCAACUGAUGGUGUAGUAAAUGUAUUUGGAAGUGUUCAUGGUGAAGAGCCAAGGAGUCAUUUACAAAAGACAGACAAUGAAAACACCAAUGAGCAAUGUAUUACUGUGACACAGCAUGCUGAUUCAAGACUAGUUAAGGAUAGCACCUGUGUAGGAAAGGUUAUGGAAUAUGAAGGCACAUGUAAAACUAUAUCGACCCCUGAAGUCCUUAUUCAGACUAUUCCAGGAAGUAGACAAACAUCUCUAUUAACCAAACCCCAGGACGCUAAAACACUUGUGCAACCCCCUGUUUCUUCUGGGCCUGCUAAUAAUAAAGACACUUGCCUUGUUCAGGAAGAUGUCAAAGAUGCAAAUGAUGUAUCUAGUACUAUAAGUCUGGAAUCAGUUCCACAAGAGGGCCUUAGUUUGCCUGAGGCAAUUCAUGUUUUAACAAAUAAGGACGACACUGGCAGCUCGAGCAUCACGGCUGACCAGAGCUCAUCCCUUGGCUGUAUUGGCGUGCCCAAUGUUAGCAGCACGACUGAAGAAAUUACUCUACCAGACGAAUACUGCGAUCUCACAGUCACACCAAAGAAAAACCUGUGUGACAAGAGUCAUGUUGAGCCUUCCUGUUCAAUGCCCUUACUUCAUGAUGAGGACUCCAUGAUGCGCACACUAAGCAAUCUUCAGAGAAUCCCAGAUGCUAUCAGCCCUUUAAGGAGUCCAAUCCGCAUGAUGAAGAGAAGUCACCUCCUUGUUCAUGAAAGGCCUGGGCAUGUCAAAAGCCUACAAAGAGAGUUUUCAAGUACAUCCUGUGAUGCCAACUCAAAGAAAUUGGAUUUAAAUAAAGAAAAUAAAUAUCCAGGUUAUCCUUCAAAAACCAGCAAGCAGGACUUGGCAGUCAAAUUGUCAGAACUGCCUUCAAAUCUCUCUGAUACCGAACUGGAGGAAGGGGAAAUUUUAAGUGAAAGUGAUGAAGCGUCCUCAGGCCCACCCCUUAAUGGAACCAAGCGGGUAAAGUCAAGAGGAACAGUCCGUUCUAAACCGAGUCCAAAAUCUCGUUCAAAAAAGAAAUCUGAAGAGAGGACAGCAACAGAAAAUAUAUCAAAACAACAAAGUCCAGGAAAUAAGAGCCGUUUCAAAACUGUUUGCCCAUUAUCAACUAAGGCUUCUUUUUUAACUAUCGAAGAAGUAAUGGAAACAUUCAAAUUGGUCCGCGUGGAAAUCCGGAAAAAGUACAUGAAGCUUCACAAAACCUUUCCAAAGAAAAGUUUUUGCGGUGUAAUGGAGAAUUUCAGGGAGUCAUUUGUACAAUUUGUGGAGGGUGCCGACUUUGGACAAAUAUGUUGUCAAGCAAUGGAGCUCAAAUCAAAGCUAAAAGUAAUAAUCAUAUCUAUGUUCAACACGAUAGCAGACAAUGGUAUUGUGAAACGCAUCUUUGAUCAGCAAGCUGUUGAUCUAAAACAAAAGUUAUGGGACUUUGUAGAUGGACAACUAGACUACCUGCUCAAGGACAUUUACGUAACAAUGAAGAACAUGUGCAGAGCAGUAAGGACUUUUCCUGAAGAAAAGAAGUCCUGUGGUACUAAGAAGGUGUCUGGAUUACCUCAUUUAAAGAAUCAAUCUCGACAAAUGGAUCAAUUGAAGUCUUGUGUUGCUGCUUACAAAACGGGUCUUGGAAGUAGAGGCAAAGAUAUAAGAAUUAUUCAUACAGAAAAACAGAGAAAUGUUGGCACAUGUCCACAAAACGAUGUAAAGGCUGAUCCAGGAAUUGACUGUCCUUCUCCUAAAAAGCCUUCAAUUUCAGAGAAAAAUAAACUGGCUUUGGUCGUCUCUCAAAGUACAUCUUUGCUUGACAAAACUGACUUUGAGCUUUUAACAGAGCAGCAAGCUUCCAGUUUAACAUUCAACCUGGUAAGAGAUUCUCAAAUGGGAGAAAUAUUCAAGUGCCUCUUACAAGGAUCGGACUUGCUUGAACCCAGUGGAAACACAGGAGAUAGCACAUCAUGGUCUCUUGGAACUCCUAAGAAGAAUGGAGAAACACUCAUUAGCAUUACCACUCCAAGCAAAUUUGACUCUCCGCCUAAAUUUUUUACCCCAACUAAAUUCGAUACCCCCUCCAAACUCAUUGCUACAUGGUCAAGCAUUUCACCCCGGAUCACGUCUCCGCAGUCCAAAGAUCAGGUCAGAACAAAUCCGGCUUUGUUUGAUGAAAGUUGCUUGUUAGAGGUUCCAUCUGGAAAUCAAGUAACACUGCAGUCCAACCUUUUAUCACAGAGGAAUUACUCUAUUCUGGCUGAAGAUCUGGAAGUUUCCCUAACUAAUCCAUCACCUCUCAAGUCAGACAGUCACCUGAGCUUUCUACAACCAUCGGGCAUGCAUGCAGUAUCCACUCCGGACAGUGUCAUCAGUGCUCACAUUAGUGAGGAUGCUUUGCUAGAUGGAGAAGAUGCUACAGAACAGGACAUUCACCUGGCCCUUGACACAGACAACUCAAGCAUUGGGUCUAGCAGUAGUUUACCCUCGCAUAUAGCUACAAAUACUUUUGUGUUGAAGCCAGAAUUGCCUAUACAGGCUUUAGUGAUGGAGAAGUCCAAUGAUCAUUUCAUUGUUAAGAUUCGUCAGGGGGCAACACAAACGCUCAAUGCAGAUGACACUUCAAGUCAAACACAAACAGAAGAACAUCCCAAUGAAGAUGUUGCAGCCCUGGAAAGCAAAUCCAGUUAUUUGUUAGACAAGUCGCAAAAAGAUGCCGACCCAUGCAAUGAAACACCUGAAAACCUUGCAAUAGGUCUACAUACGACUGGUGGUGGCAUUUGUUCAACCGCAGAUCCUUUUAGACCAGAUAAGGACCCUUCACAUAUGUCCGGUACAUCAAAAUGUGUGACAAAUGAGUCACAAAAAGUUGUGGCAUCCCUCAGAGCUCUUUCAAAAAUGAUUAAUUCAAAGGAGGCUUUUGAGACAAGCUGUAAUCUUUCAUUUGAGCCGAACAGUCAAGCAUUUACUGUUGAUGUCACCGUCCUAAACGAGGGGAACCCAAGUCCAACAUUAAACAUGGACAAUCACAGUCCAAGUCCAAUAGUUUCUUCUUCACAGAAAACCCCCAGUCCUAUCAAAAGUAUUAUGUCUAGCCAUCGUGAAAGCUCAGAAACAAAUGAAGGAAGCCAAGUUUUGUCGUGCCUUUCAGACUUGCAGAGUAAAAUAAAGCUGCCAAUGUCAGACAAAAGGCUCACCGUUGCAGAGGAUCUACACAGAGACACAGAAGAAUGUAACAAGGAUGUUAAGAAAAGGACAAAACGGAAGAAGCGCCAAGAGCACUUAAAAGCAAAGCGUCCAAGGGAAGAGGAAGAGGACCAAAAGGAAGAUGUGAAUUCCUGCUCUAAAAAUGAUGACGUUGACUUAAAACCCUUGGCCUCAUCACCUAGCAGUGUCUCUGCCAUGAACCUCAUCAAGAAGAAAGGAGCAGUGGUGAUAGCAUGGACAAGAGAUGAAGAUAGAGCAAUUCUUAUCGACUUGAAAACAAAAGGUGCUUCACGUGAAACAUUUGCUGACCUGUCAGAUAAACUGAAGAAGCCAUCAGAACAGAUCGCACAGAGGUUUUACCAGCUUAUGAAGCUCUUUAAGAAGCAAGGGAAGAUGGACAUUUGAUUACGCAAACUUGUUUGUGGAUUUCCAUAAUUGUUGAGAAAUUGGGAAUGUACAAAAAAUACUGAGGAUCGUUACGAAAAAUUACUCAGCUCUAGAUGUGUAAUGAUGCCAAAGUUAAAGUCUCUCUUAGAGUCCUUUUCAUAUUUAAUACGCACUUCAAUUUACAUAGUCACGAACCGUCAAACUGUUGGACUACGACUAUGUACCUAUUGAAAAGAAGAAUAACAAAAAUAUUCACAAAUAUCAAGUGUUAUUAAAACCAUUAACUCUUACAGUCAGCUGUGGCAUUUCAGCAUAAUAAUUAAUACUACCUUCAAUGUUCCGGAUUUUGCCAUACAUCUGUAUAUGCUGCUUUUAAUGGAUGCGUCUAUCAUAUUUUGUUGUAUCAAUAUGACAAGUUGCAAAAAAACUUUGUCUGAACUCGUUUGUUGUACAACUGCUUUUGAACUGUAAAUUGUAAUUAUGUUAAAUAUAUGUUGUAUUUUAAUGAUUGUAAGAUUGGUCUAGUUGGUGUGUUGAGGAUUAAAAGCCUUUGCAUUUUUUUCCCUUAUUUCAAAUUAAAUAUUUGAUUUGUA